AUGCAGUGCCCUCGCCAUAUUUCUCGAAACCCACAACCACCAGAUGAGGAGUCGCGGACAAAGACAGGACUUGCACCGGAAGUUUUCAGUAGCUUCCCGACAUCAAAGAUUAGUACUGAUGCAGUGCCCUCGCCAUAUUUCUCGAAGAGUAAUGACUGCGUAAUCUGCUUGGAGGGUUUCUUGGAUGAUGAGGUCGUCAAGGAGUUGCAACCCUGCCUCCAUGCAUUCCAUGGAGACUGCGUUGACAAGUGGCUCGACAGGGAUAACCGUUGCCCAUCUUGCAGAGGGUCUCUCAUACAGCCCUGA